AUCCUUAGUCAUUCCAUCACAACUUUACUUACACAGAAACAAACAAUUCUCUCAUUCUUUCUCUGAAAUCCGCCAUGGCCAGAGCCGCCGCGGCCACCGUCCUCGCAUUCACCAUUCUCACCCUUCUCCUCCCUGCAAAUUCGUUCUCAACGAGACUCGACAAACGAGAAAUGGGGAUAUCAACGAAGCGAGAGAAGCUAAGCCACCUCCACUUCUACUUCCACGACAUCGUCAGCGGGCGCAACCCCACGGCCGUCCGCGUGGCCGGGGCCGCCACCACCAACUCCUCGGCCACCGGCUUCGGCAUGGUGGUGAUGAUCGACGACCCCCUCACGGCCGGCCCCAACGUGAGCUCCAGGAUCGUGGGCCGGGCGCAGGGGCUCUACGGUUCUGCCGACAUGACUGAGUUCGGCCUCCUGAUGGCGCUCAAUUUCGUGUUUUUGGAGGGAAAAUUCAACGGCAGCACGCUCAGCGUGCUGGGCCGGAACGCGGCGCUGUCGGCCGUGAGGGAGAUGCCGAUCGUCGGGGGCAGCGGCGUGUUCCGGUUCGCGAGAGGGUAUGCGCAGGCGAGGACGCAUUUCAUUAACAUGAAAACAGGGGAUGCUAUUGUGGAAUAUAAUGUCUAUGUUUUGCAUUAUUGAUGAUUUUUUUCCCUUUCUUGUUGAAUUUUCUUUAGUAGUCUUACAUGACUUUGGACUUUGGACUUUGGACUUUGGAGUCGUACCAAUAAUGUGACGACUAAUCUUGUCUUGUUUGUUGUACUACUAAUAAAUAACGAGUUAUGCAUUGUUUAA